UUUUCUUGUGUCUACGUUCGUCGCGAAAAGUCGCAAAAAGGUGAUUAAUUCAUAUUAAAACGUAGAAUAAAUUGUAAUUUUUUAGUUUGCAAAAUCUUUAAACGUACUUCUGUUAAUUAAUAAAAGAAAAAUAAGCAUUAAAAAUCAAACUAAUUAAUAACAAGUGUUGAGUAGAAAAAGCAAAAAAAGCUAAGAAACGUAAAACAAAUGAAAUCUAAUUUUUCUUUUCAAAGAAAGUGAUUACAAAGAAAUAAAAAAAAUUAAAAGAAUUUAGUUUAAAAAGGAGAUAAAGUUAUACAGAUUUAUAACGCAUAAGAGGCAAACAAGAAAAUUACAAGGAUAAUAUUGAGAAAAAAAGUUGCAAACAAAAUAAAAACAAUAAAAAACUUAUUAAACUACUAGUAACAAAGGAAACACAACAACAACAAAAUGGGCACAAGGGAAGAUGAAUAUGAUUAUUUAUUCAAAGUUGUACUAAUUGGUGAUUCUGGUGUCGGUAAAAGUAAUUUACUCUCACGUUUUACGCGCAAUGAAUUCAAUUUGGAAUCGAAAUCAACGAUUGGUGUGGAGUUUGCCACACGCAGUAUAGAGGUUGAUGGUAAAACAAUUAAGGCUCAGAUAUGGGAUACAGCUGGUCAAGAACGUUAUCGUGCUAUUACUUCAGCUUAUUAUCGUGGCGCUGUUGGUGCUUUGCUUGUAUAUGACAUUGCCAAGCAUUUGACAUACGAGAAUGUCGAUCGGUGGUUGCGGGAAUUGCGUGAUCAUGCCGAUCAAAAUAUUGUUAUAAUGUUGGUGGGCAAUAAAUCGGAUCUAAGACAUUUAAGAUCCGUGCCCACGGAUGAGGCGAAAUUAUUUGCCGAACGUAAUGGCUUAAGUUUCAUUGAAACUUCAGCGUUAGAUUCUACUAAUGUUGAAACUGCAUUCCAGAAUAUACUCACAGAAAUUUAUCGCAUUGUUUCUCAAAAACAAAUACGUGAUCCUCCGGAAGGUGAUGUUAUUCGUCCCGGCAAUGAUGUACCCAUUGAUAUUAAGCCGACUGUUACUAAUGAUGUACGCAAACAGUGCUGUCAGUGACCGCCUUAUAGCUGCCCCCACAACAACAACAACAAUUAUUACACCUUUAAUCAACAACAACAACAACAACAGAAACACGCUAAAAGCCCAUGUUAUCUUUUAAAUAUAAUUUCCAUUACUAUUCUCUAAGAAGCUGUUAUUUAGUGUGACAACAACUAUGAAAACAAAAACUACAACAACAAUCCAACUAUAAUCCAAAACAAAAGCUUUCUCAUAAUGUAACAUCCUUUUUGAAAGCUUAAAAACAAAAUAAGAAACAAAAAAGCUUCUUUUUUUGAAAAACAAAAACGGAUUUUUUUUUAAAUAUUUUAAAUUAUUUCUCCUAUUAUUUCUUCUUUCCCCUCUUUAAUUAAAUUAAAAUAAAUUUAUCCAAAAUAUAGCAAACUUUUCCUUUUCAAGAAGAAAACAAAAAAAAAA